AUGGGUAGCGCCGCCACCAAGGAUUCGAUCGUUGCGAAGGGCGAGCCGCGCCGCUGGAGGAUCGUGCUGUUGGGACCGCCUGGGUCGGGAAAGGGGACUCAAGGUGCUCUUCUUGCGAAGAAGCUUGGUGCUUGUCAUGUGUCGACUGGGGAUAUGCUGAGGGCUGAGGUUAAUUCUGGGAGCCCUAUGGGGAAAGCCCUGCAGUCGACGAUGGCCGCCGGGGAGCUGGUGAGUGACGGCAUGAUGUGCGACCUGGUGGAGGUGUUCUUGAACAAAACCGAAUCGGUGAAUGGCUUCAUUCUGGACGGGUUCCCGCGUACUGUUGGACAGGCGGAAAAGCUGCAAGCCAUGCUGGAGAAGAACAAGACCCGUCUCGACGUGGUGCUCGAGUUUGCGGUUGACGAUGAGCUUCUGGUCGAUCGCGUCGUGGGCCGCUGGUAUCAUCCGGCUAGCGGACGCUCUUACCAUCACACUUACAAGCCGCCGUUGGUUGCUGGACUCGAUGACAUCACCGGCGAACCCCUCGCCCGCCGCCCCGACGACAACGAGGCCACCCUCCGUCAGCGUCUCGUCCAAUUCCACCAAAACACCGCCCCCGUUGUCGCUUAUUACCAUAACCUCGGCCUCCACAGCCCCAUCAAUGCCUCGAACUCAAUCCCCGAGAUCACCUCCGAAAUCCACAUCCUCAUCAACCAUAUCCAUAAGCGCGACUCCAAGAAGACCCCCACCACCACCCCAACCCCGUCUCCAAAUCCCGAUCAGCGCCCCGUCUUC